GGGAGGAAAAAGAGGAGGAGGCGGAGGAGAACUGAGCUGAGCAGAGCAUCGAGCCAAAGGGGAGAUGAGUUUGUCUGUCCUCGGCUGAGGCUCCGGCCGGGCCUAGGGAAGUGGGAGCACGGGUUGGAGCGACACCCGUGGAAGUGGGAGGAGGAGGCUCUGGGACUUUAACCCCUUGUGGGCUCUGCGGCAGGGGAUUUAACCCUUUGUGGAUCCGGCCCCUCGGAGUCAGCGUCAUCGGGUAGUUUUAACCCCUUCGGGGCUGGGUUUAGCCCGUUGGAUUUAACCUAAUCUCCUUGCCCACCAACUCCUUGAUCGCGGGGGCGCUCUGCGGGGAGGCUUGAGGCCCACCCCCCCCGCACAACACCUACUGUUCCUGCUGCUGCACCCCCUUGGACCCGCUAGCCGGCCGCGCUGUGGGCCCUUAACCCUUUACUGACUUGAGCGCCCCCAAAUUGCAACUGGAGUUUGCUGACAGAAGGACUGGCUGAAGGCAUCACUGCAGGAAUUACAGACCGAAGAGGACUGUGCUGGACAUUUUUGAAAGAAAAGAAAACCCUUUUUUCCUUAAGGACUUACGGCCAAAAUUCUUCAAACUCCGAGAAGAGGAUUCUAUUAGCAAUGGCCGAGCCACUCUUGUCAGAGUAUCAGCACCAGCCUCAAACUAGCAACUGUACAGGUGCUGCUGCUGUCCAUGAAGAGCCGAACUCUGAUCGCCCCCCAGGCGCGGAGGAGCGGGUGCCCGAGGAGGACAGUAGGUGGCAAUCGAGAGCGUCCCCCCAGUCGGGUGGCUCUCCGGGGCUGGGCGGGGAAGGGAGCCUGGAGCUCCAGCCGCCUCCCGUGCAGACCCAGGUCUGCCCAGAAUCCAGCUGUCCGGAAGCGGGUGAGAAGGGCCAGAAUGGGGACGACUUGUCCGCUGGCGGUUCCCCCCAGCCGGCGGCGGGAGGGGAACAGAGGCCGAAGGCCAACAAGUUGGGAGCUUCUACCGCAGGGGGCGAGGAGGCGUGGGGACAGCAGCAGAGACAGCUGGGCAAGAAAAAACAUAGGAGACGCCCCUCCAAGAAGAAGCGGCAUUGGAAACCGUACUACACGCUGACCUGGGAGGAGAAGAAAAAGUUCGAUGAGAAACAGAGCCUGCGAGCUUCGAGGAUUCGAGCCGAGAUGUUCGCCAAGGGCCAGCCAGUGGCUCCCUAUAACACCACGCAGUUCCUCAUGGAUGAUCACGACCAGGAGGAGCCGGAUCUUAAAACCGGCCUCUAUCCCAAACGGGCCGCUGCCAAAUCUGACGACACCAGCGAUGAGGACUUUAUGGAAGAAGCGGGCGAGGAGGAUGGGGGCAGCGACGGGAUGGGAGGAGACGGCAGCGAGUUUCUGCAGCGGGACUUCUCGGAGACCUACGAGCGGUACCACGCGGAGAGCCUGCAGAACAUGAGCAAGCAGGAGCUCAUCAAAGAGUACCUGGAGCUGGAGAAGUGCCUCUCGCGUAUGGAGGACGAGAAUAACCGGCUGCGGCUGGAAAGCAAGCGGCUGGGCGGCGACGACGCGCGGGUCCGGGAGCUGGAGCUGGAGCUAGACCGGCUGCGCGCCGAGAACCUCCAGCUGCUGACGGAGAACGAACUGCACCGGCAGCAGGAGCGAGCACCGCUGUCCAAGUUUGGAGACUAGACUGAAACUUUUGGGGGGGGAGGGGGGCAAAGGGGACUUUUUACAGUGACGGAAUGUAACAUUAUAUACAUGUGUAUAUAAGACAGUGGACCUUUUUAUGACACAUAAUCAGAAAAGAAAUCCCCCCUGGCUUUGGUUGGUUUGGUAAAUUUAGCUAUGAUGUAGCUUGUGUGCUUUCUCCUGUUCUUUAAUUAUGUGAAACUGAAGGGUUGCUUUUCUUGUUUUCCUUUUUAGGAGUUUUUUUCUUUUUUAAUGUGUAAUUUGACCAAGUUAUAAAGCAUUUUUCUGUUAAAAAUCCCCUCCUUAAAUGGAGCUAUAAGGUGGCCAAAUCUGAGAACCAUUCAAUUCAUUCUAGUUAUAAUAAAUUUAAUAUUUGUAAAUGUAAUGUAGUUUCAGUGUGAUUUCUAGAGCUAAUUCAGAAUAGUACUGAUUUAUGUGAUUGCGUUUUUUGGGGGGGUAAAGGAAUCAUCUAAUUUGUCCAUUUUCAAAAAACAAUCUUUAAUGGGAGAAUUUUCAAUUUGCCCAGUUUUCCCUUGAAUGGGUUUUAGUGUGCUACAAUAUACAGUUCCGGCAAAAUAUAAAGAUUUAAUUAUCUUCAGUACUUAAGUGUGCUUGUUUUCUAGUGCCUUGGUUUUCUUUCUUGAUGCUGGAGAAAUAAACCAGUGUUGGGUGUUUGGGGAGUAGAAAGUAACUACAAUCAGCAGCUUAAAAUUUUAAUUCUGCUUCUCAAUAGCCGUUCAAAAGUCUAUUAACAAAAACGUGAGCCUAAUUUGGCAGUUUGUCAGGUUCGACAACUGACAGCCUCAUUUCAUUCCUACAAGUGUGGUUUUAGUAAUUCCCCUCUCCUCCCAAUAAGGCUGGAAGUUGUUCUUGGAUGCCUGGAAAAGGCUCUUCGUAAACCUCUUGCUUUCUUAGUGCAAGCAAUGGUUGGAUAGACUUGUGAGGCAGCUCUUUAUGUUAAAAUAUUCAGAGGUAGAGAAUAUUAUAUUUAUAGAGGAAAUGGCCAUUUGGGGCAUUCCAAGGACUUAACCCUAAUUGUCCAAUACUUAGGUGCUCCCUAUACCAAAAAAAAAAAAAAAAGGAAUAGAAGCUGUCCACCUUUCCAUGAGAGUCAAACUAAAAUUAGAAAUGCCCCCUCACUGCAAACCAAAUGUAAAGCUUCUGGUUAAGGAGCUAAAUUAAGUCCUUAGGGGCCAAGUGGGAACCAUGCACCUUCCCUAUACAGCCGCUAUUCUCCUCAAUCUCCUAAACUACUGAUAGCUGCUUAGUCCUUGAGUAGUUCUGCUCUUGAAAAUGCAGAGAGGCCCUGAGAAUUAAUUUCUGCCCCCAAAUCAAAAUAGUAAGAAAUGGUAAGAUUGUUCCCUCCUGUCACCAUGAUUAACCUAGCCCAUCUUUACCUGCCCUGUGUCAGUGUUUCCCUAGAGCAACUGCAUUGUUCAAAUCACUAGCACAGGGGUUCCUUCACAUGGGGCCUUAAAACCAUAGGGGACCUUGGGCUCCAUGAACCCCAUGCAAUUUUAUGUAGACUUGUAUUAUGUGUACAUUUUUCUGGGGCGAGGGUUCGAGAGAACAUGAAGUUAUCAAACUCCCUGAAGGUUAAGAACCCUUGGGAAAAAACCUCCCAUUGGGAAGCUUGCUUUUGCAGCUAAAUGAAGUAGUGGAGGUGGUGGGUAUGUCAAGAGUGAAAUGCACCUUAUGAUGCAUGAGAAGCAACACAAAUCCAUGAAUCAAGGGAAAUUAUGGCAGUUAAGCCUGACUCAGGGCCUUCAAAGCUGGACUGAGCUGGCCCUAUUCUGGCAGAUGGUCCACUGGAGACGAUGUAUGAUCAGCUUUUCCUUUGGCCUAAAAAUUACAUUAAAAGUCUAUUUUGAAAUA